AUGAGUUCUCCGGGAAAGAACUACCACAGUGAUGGCGACUCCCUUGCCGGAGCAGGAAGUCGGCCCAACAGCCCAGAGCUGGAUCGGCCUUGUCUUCCAGCAACUCUUCCAUCUCGAAACUUGACACCUCGUGGCUUGCGUUUUGACAAUCUAGACGACGCCCUGCGAAACAUCACAGGCCGCAGCGCGUCAAGCACGACGUCCCGAAAACCCUCCUCAACCAUUGACUCCAGUGCCUCUGAAGACAUCCCGCUGCAGCUAUUGGGCACCUUCCACAGCACUGGUGUCAAGUCAGACACGAUGCUCCAGGGAAUCAAGGCAUCUCCUCCGGCACACCUGUCCGGCCGAUCUUUGACACACACUCUAACAGCGCAUGAGGAAAAGUGCUUAAAUGUAAAUGGCUCUCGUCUGGGCCUCUCCUCUCCUGAUUGUUCGCUCCUCACUUCAGGAAGCGACAAUGCCAGAACUGAGAGUCUCGUGCCAUCCGAUGCCACCGGCAACACAGUUGACCGUAUCUAUGCACAAUACCAGUUUGGCUCGCCAGAAAUUCCAAAUUCCCCCUUCGAUUCCAAGACAGACCGCACCGCUGCUCGACAGAAUCUUUCGAGUCCGAAUGAACGCAACCCAGCUGAGCAGACAGUCAGCGACAACCAGCCUGAUAUCACCGACCAAGCUCUCCAACAGCCCGAGACUGAGCCAAACACUGGGGGACAAGUCAAGGCAGACUCCCCCAAUCUAGGCCCAGCAACACCUACACCCCCUGAGAAACCUAGGAGUGAGCUUCUUUUCGCCCUGACGGGCAGAUAUACACCCAAUCCCCCGGCAUCGCCGCCGGGACGAAGAGAUAUCCCCCCCUGGUUCCGCCCAGAGCUCUUCAAAACCGACGGACAGGCACAAGGCGAAGAUGGUUUCAAAGAGAAGUCUCUAGAGCAGAAUACGAGCGCCUUUCCCGUGCCUUUGAGGGUCCAGUCGAUUCGGGCACGGGGCUGUGGAACGGAUCGAGCUAGCGGACAGGCACACUCCAACGGAGAGUUCACGAGCGAUUCAGACGAUGAUCCGUUCAAGUAUGACAAGCAGUCAUAUACCGUCUUUCUCAAGCCGUCGAAGGAGCGAGAGGUCAGCGCAGCUCUCUGUCGAGUCAGUGGGAUCAGUCGACACAGCCAAGGCACUCUGUGCAGCCCUGACGGGAGUCCACUCAAGUCAUCAUCACCUCCCCCCCUUCCGUGUCUCGACACAGCUUUACUACGCCUGAAUAAGUCACCGACCAGACCUUCACAUUUCACUAAAAAUGAGCAGACCGAUUUCUUUGAGGCAUCCGCUCUCUCGUCGCCUCUGCGACGGCGAAGUAAUCCCAAUGUUGUGAAAAUUACACUCAACAAACCAUCCGCGCCACCGAUCGAGAAUCCUCACGCGCUGAACGAAAAGAACCUCGGGCUUAGUGGAUUUCAGACACCGCAAGAGUUUCGCCAAGUGAGUGAAGUAGAUGAGUGGGAGACAGUAGUCACAGAUGGCCGCGAGCCUGGUGGCCAGAAAAUGGCAUUGCCAUCAGGAAGCCUCCCAAGUCGGGGCCCAUUCAAGCCUACGGGAAGCAGCAUUGCAGAUGUUUCCGACACGGCAAGCUGGUCGCAGGAACCGGCCGAUGAAUAUGGAUCAACUGAUCGCAUUCUUCAGCAUCCCACGAACGAUGGGGACGCUCCGCGGUUCAAGUUGCGUCAUCUGAAGGGCUCUCAGAUCCCGAUAUUCGUGGCCAAGCAGCGUGUGCAUAGAGUAAAUGGCAUGGCUCAGGACUCGGGCCGUUUGUUCACUGGCAGCUCUGUUCAAACAAGCAUGCAUACAAGUACAUCCAAUGGACUGAGUGGGAAGCUGACCGACUCGCUUCAAAACCUUCACACGAGAAACAAGCAACGCCUGGCAUCGUUUCGAAACCAGAGGCCACAAGUCGAUGUCGAACAGGGCCGCGAGAAAUCGGUGCAGAGUCACGCGGCUCAGCAACCGCUCACGCCAAUCGCACAGCCAUCUCCUUAUAGCGAGGACUCGACUGCCUAUGAGAUGGAUCGUUCCAACUCCCGUCACUCUUCUCUGUCGACCAUAUCAGAUCAAUCUCAUGGUUUCGCCUUCAAUUUGAUCUCACUUCCAGAAGCUGCAAGACUGCAAGCAGUACGUCGAGCAAGCGGACAAGAGGACGAAUCUCACAUUGACCUGCGACGAGUUCUUGGAACGCCCACACGCUUCUCAAAGUCUGUUCACUUUGAUGGACAACGCUCCGAUCAGGACUACUUGCCCAGGCUCCCACACUCUGUUCAUUACCAACAACGACUUGAUCCGAUUCUGAGUUCACGGGCUUCUCAAGACCUGAACUAUCACUCACAAGACGAUUAUCUGGCAGGCGACAUUUCGACUUUGUCUUCCAUGGCUUCGUCGGCCCCUUCACGUUCUUACCCGUACAUGCAGACAUUCGACGGCAACAUGGAGCCCAGGCGCCGAAUCUUCGAUCAUCCCUCGCGGCUGAUUCCGCUGGAGGAGCGCCGUCACCUCCAGAAUCUCGACCCGGAGCUGCGUGCUAUCGCUAUGAGAGGAGGCUUCUUUGGCAACAUUCCGGUCGAUCUUGACGCUUUUCUCUCCGAGGAGACCAUCGCACGACGUCGAGUCUGGUUCAUCUUCGUGGCCUUACUCUCGAUCUUCCCGUUCUUCUCCCUCCUGGCCUGGAUGGGCAAGUUUGAUGAGGGUCUCUCCUGGUACACUGAAGGCGAGGUCCACCGGCUCAGCCAGCCUCAACAGCGGAUUCUAACCGGCAUUUUGAUCGCUCACUGCAUCAUUCUGCCAGCUCUCUCGGUCUUCCUGGUUGUGUAUUUCGCUCUCCCCGCUCUGCGGGCCUGA